GAUACUUUAUGGGAUCUGGCUAUAGCUGCAGUGGAGAAGAGCUCUGGCGCCGAUGGCAAGCACGGGGAACUUUGGGAAAAAUCGAUAUUAUUUAUGGGAAGCAAAAAUGGGGGAAAGACCACUAUUAUACUGAGGUGUCUUGAGAGGGAAGAGUCUCCAAAGCCAACAUUAGCCUUGGAAUAUACUUUUGGAAGAAGGGCAAGGAGACACAAUACACCCAAAGAUAUAGCUCAUUUUUGGGAACUAGGUGGUGGAACCUCAUUGCUGGAACUCAUUCGGGUACCAAUCACUAGCCACAACAUAAGGUCAUUUGCUGUAGUUCUUGUAUUGGAUCUGUCCAAACCUAAUGAACUCUGGACUACUAUGGAAGACCUUCUGCAGGUCACCAGGAACCAUGUGAACAAAAUUUUAACCAAACUGGAAAAGACAAAUGCUGAAGUAGCUGCUGAAAUUAAACAGAGGAAGUGGAACGAUCUGCAGAGGGAUCACCCAGAUUAUGAGUUAGUUGACCCUUUUCCAAUACCCUUGAUGAUAAUUGGAAGCAAAUAUGACCUUUUUCAGGAGUUUGACUCUGAAAUGAGGAAAAUAAUAAGCAAGACACUUCGCUUUGUUUCACAUUACUGUGGAGCAUCAUUAGUGCUUAUUAAUCACUUGGCAUUUGGCUAUGACAAAAGCAAGUCUGUGUCAGUGGAUCCCAGCAAACCUCUGUUUAUACCAGCAGGCCUGGACUCGCUGAGCCAAAUAGGACCACCACCUGCCUCUGACAGUGAUAUUGGAAAGCUGCGUGCAAACACACCUUGGGAACUGUGGAAGAAAGUGUUUGAGAAAACAUUUCCUCCCAAGAGUUUGCGUGAUUUACAAGACACCAAGGACCCUGCACAGGAUACACAAUAUGCUGAGUAUGAAGUGGAUGUCAUGAGAGCUGAGAAAAACCAGGAACUUGAACGAUACAAAAGAAAUGCCUCUAAAUCCUGGAAAGAAAUGGAUUUUGACUCUGAUUGA